GAACCGUUCAGUUGCGAGUAGUGGUGAUGGUGGUCAUUGCACAUUGAUUCGUCCGCUGCAACUUCAUUCGGUCCCUUUCAAAAUCAGCUGUGUAUUUGCGCCUUGCGUCACGCACGCGAAAGACUUGAAAGAAUGCUUUUGCAAAGUUUGUUGUGGUAGACAUGAAACGUAUCUGAUGAGAUUGCAAAAUGUAAAUAGCAUGCCAUACAAUAAUUUUACGCGUUUGGGUUGUUUACAAUACUAUUUACCGGCGUGCUAAUAUACUAAGCGGGGUCAUUGGUAAUUUGUAUUCGAAAUUAUUCCGUGUUUUGCUAACAUACGAUCAACAAUGUUGUGAUCAGUGCUAUUUCGCUCCUGUCGCAUAGGUGCUCGUUUUGCUAGACGAUUUAUUAUUAAAUACAUGCAAUUGUCAUGAGCUGAUCCCAGACAAUCGAAAUCAUCAACAACAAUGGGCAAUUGUUUGAAGAGAAGCACAGCUGAUGAUAUAUCAUUGCUGCGAGGACAUGAUAGUGGCCGUGAAUCUUCUUCAGAACAAUUGGGACCACCACAUUUUCAGGAGAUUCUGCAACCUGUCUAUUACCCUUCACCUAAUGUCAGCCGACCUGCUUGUCACCUCACCGAAGAGGAGCAAAUAAAAAUAGCGAAGAGAAUUGGUCUGAUCCAACAUUUACCAAGCGGCACCUAUGAUGGAUGCAAGAAGGCACGUGAAUGUGUGAUCUGCAUGGUCGAGUUUGCAGUGGGCGACUCUGUCAGAUAUCUUCCCUGUAUGCACACUUACCAUGUCAUGUGCAUUGAUGAUUGGCUGAUGCGCAGCCUCACUUGCCCAAGUUGCAUGGAGCCAGUAGAUACAGCGCUACUUUCUACUUACGAAACAACUUAGUGAACAAAUGAUGAUCAGUGUCUGGGGAGUGCAAUUAUUGUAUAGUACUUAGAUUAAGUGUAUGAAAUGGAGGUGGUUCUAAUAUUUUAAAGAUGACUUCAAUCAAUUUGACUGAGCAACACAACAUAUUCUAAAAUUUGGAAUGAAGAGUUUUAGAUUUUUGAU